AUGGCGUCCAAGGCCCUCCUCCUGCUCGCGCUCCUCGCGUCGGCCGCCGUGCUCGCCGCCGCGGCGGACCAACAAACCCAUGACAACGAGCCCGAGAAGGCGACGGCGAGCGACGCCGGUGGCGUGGAGGACGACUGGCACGGCGGCAGCGGGUCAGUUGAUCAGUACGGACACGCCUGCGAGAACGGCUGCUGCCACCGCGUGUACCACGGAGGCUGCCAGAGGUGCUGCCCGCCCGGCGGCGCCCGCCGGCCGGAGGUGAAGAACUAG